AAUUUUUCUUUACAAAAAUAUAUAAUUAGGGGACAUGGCACCCGAAUGAGUCCCCUAGCUCAGUCGUUGUUAGUUACACCAAAUGUUAGACAACAUGAUUUUUAUAAAGAAGAAAAGAAACCAGAAAUAAAACUAUAGAACCAUAACUUUAACCAUUAUUAUUAAGGACUUUGUUCUCUGUGAGUGUUUGUGCUAUCCUGAUUUUAUUCUGGGCUUAAAAAAAAGCCAUUUAUGUAUAAACAAACGAAGUCUCAAACUCGAAACAAAAUGGGGAAACACAGUGAGUUUGGUUUUGACAGGUUGGACAAAGACACAAGCCUUUAACUCAAUCCCACACGAUUACCAAGCGCCACCACGUGUAUUCCCAUUUCCACAACUCGAACACCACAGGAGACUCCCGCUUUUUUACUUUCCCCAUAAAUAUAUAUUACUCAAUUACACAUAUUUGUCAUAUAUAUACAUACAUAUAUGUUACAAAACACUUCUAUCUUUCCUUUCUUCCCUUCUCUAUUUUACCUCUUCUAGUUUUCUUUUUCUUUCUUACACAUCAUCUUUGUAGUGGAUCACAAAAUCUUGGCUUUUGAUUUGAGAAACGACAAUAAGGUAGAUAGGAUUUGUAAUUUUGUAUUGUCGUUUGAUCCAAAAAUCCAGUUAGUCAAGAGAUAUGACUUGGAAGAGUGAUUUCAGAGAGCUUCGGCCUCUGAUUCAUCUGUUGUUGCCACUUUGUGUUCAUUGGAUUGCUGAGGAAAUGACUGUGUCAGUACUUGUGGAUGUUACUACUGGGGCUCUUUGUCCUGACCAUUCUACUUGUUCUCAAGCCAUUUACAUCAACGGUAUUCAACAAACGAUUGUUGGAAUUUUCAAGAUGGUGGUGCUUCCACUUCUUGGUCAGCUUGCUGAUGAGCAUGGACGUAAACCAUUGCUCAUUCUAACAGUGUCAACAACCAUAAUUCCAUUUGCAUUGCUUGCUUGGAAUCAAUCUAAGGAAUUUGUGUAUGCUUACUAUGUGCUUCGAACGAUUUCAUACAUCAUCAGUCAAGGGAGUAUUUUCUGCAUUGCUGUUGCUUAUACAGCAGACGUUGUUAGUGAUGGUAAGAGAGCUGCAGUCUUUAGUUGGAUCACAGGUCUCUUUUCUGCAGCGCAUGUUUUGGGAAAUUUUCUGGCACGUUUCCUUCCAGAGGGAUACAUUUUUUUGGUUUCAAUAACUCUGUUGAUCUUUUGUCCGGUUUAUAUGCAACUGUUUUUGACUGAGACGGUGAAACCAGCUCCUAAGAGUGACAAGGAUUCAGCUUGUCUGACCAAGACACUUAUGGUUGUCAAGAAACGAUUCGUAACAAUGAGAGAUUCUGCAACCUUAGUAGUGAGCAGUCCAACACUUAGGAGCAUUUCUCUGGUUUCUUUCUUCUAUGAGUUGGGAAUGUCAGGAAUCAGCAGUGUUCUGCUGUACUAUCUAAAGGCAGCUUUUGGCUUCGACAAAAAUCAGUUCUCAGAAAUUUUGAUGAUGGUUGGUAUAGGUUCUAUUGCUUCUCAGAUGGUGCUGCUUCCACUAAUGAAUCCAUUGGUUGGAGAGAAAGUAAUAUUGUGCAUGGCCUUACUUUCUUCAAUAGCUUAUGCAUUACUCUAUGGUUUGGCUUGGGCAACUUGGGUGCCUUACUUAAGUGCUUCAUUUGGAGUUAUCUAUGUUCUUGUGAAACCUGCUACUUACGCAAUUAUUUCAAAAGCAUCGAGCUCAAGCAAUCAGGGGAAAGCACAGGGAUUUGUUGCUGGUGUACAAUCCAUAGCGAGCUUGCUAUCGCCACUCGCUAUGAGUCCACUGACUUCGUGGUUCUUAUCUGAAGAUGCACCUUUCAACUGCAAAGGCUUCAGCAUAGUAGUUGCAUCCAUUUGCAUGGUAAUAUCAUUCUGUUAUGCUUGUCUGAUAGAAACUGAAAAAAUGUCAAGCCAUGAAUCAGAGGAUGACAUUGAAAGACCCCUUCUAACUUGAGUGAGGGUCGAGUAAAAAUAAAGAAAAAGAAAAAGAAAAAGAAAAAUAUAAUGUUCUUAGAGGGAUGUUUGUGAAUAUAAUGACAUACCUCAGAAUUUUGUAAUGAUAUGUGUUGUAUAUUAGCGCAAAUGAGUUUUGGCUCUUCUUCUCU